AUGGCGUCCCCAAAUCGAUUGAUUGUGUUAUCCAAUGUCAUCGCAGAGAAGACAAAAGUCAUCUCGGAUUUCCUGGCUUCCAAGGGACUGGAGCCUCCCUCUUUCGAUGUCGACGGGCUAGCUGACUAUGCAAUUUCGCCUGACGACAAAGAGGCGUAUGAAGCUCGUCUAGAGUUGAUUGCUGCAUCUAAAGAGCUCUAUGCCCUUGCUCAUGGACCAAAGGACCAUAUUCGAAACAUUUGCUGGGAUGCCAUGGAUCCAUUGUCCCUACAGGCCAUUUGGGCGUUCAGGGUCCCACAGGCCGUCCCAUUGACUGACAAAAUCUCUUACGAAGACCUGGCUGAGAAGUGCCAUCAAUUGAGUGGAGUUUCUGUACCCCCGUUCACCCUCCGACGGAUCAUCCGCCACGUUAUCACGAACCGCUUCUUCUGCGAGCCGGAACUUGGAUUCGUUGCGCACAACCGGGCGUCGCGAGUUCUUCUCGAGGAGGAAACCUUGGAUGCCUGGGUAGGUCUAUUGUGUAAUGACAUAUGGCCUGGCUUUGCCUACACGGUUGAAGCGCUGAAGCGAUGGCCCGGGAGUGGGGAGCCAAAUGAGACUGGGAUUAACGUGGCCUAUAACCAUAAUAUCAAUUGGUUCGAUCACACUUCCCGCAAUGCUGUUGUCGCCGACCGAUAUAGCAAAAGCAUGAAGGCACACGGUGGUGGGGUGGGCUUUGAUCUCUCGCACACCGUGACUGGUUAUCCAUGGGCGGACAUUGGUAAGGGAACGGUUGUCGACACCGCCGUAGGCGAUGUCUACCUUUUCCGCUGGGUCUUUCAUGCAUUUUCGGACAAGUAUGCCAUCCAGGUUUUGCGGUCAUUGAUUCCGGUGCUUAAGAAAGGAGCAAAAGUUGUCAUCAAUGACGGCGUGAUCCCCGAGCCCGGUACCGUUCCAUGGAUGAAUUAUCGAAGCAUGAGAUGCAUGGAUCUUUUGUGUUUGGCGGUGGCCAAUACCGGUGAAAGGGCUUUGGAUGACUGGAAAGGUCUAUUCAACGUGGCCGACCCCCGAUUUAAGUUCCUGAAUGCCUGGCAGCCGCCCAAGAGCACGAUGUGGUUCAUUGAAGUGGAGUGGCAGCCGUAA